CCUGUCACACGUGUUUUUGUUUAGUUCUGCGUUUAACUUCCAAGGGAAAUAUGAUUAAGGAAAAGAAAAAACAAAAAAAUUCGUUGGCUGAAAAAAUAUCAGGAAUAUUGAGUACAACACCGGCAACAUUUGAUCCAGAAGAUGCAACUGAUGAAACCACCGCUAAAUUGUUGGACGAUUCUUUCGACGAAAAUGAUGAAGACGAAGAAGCGUUAUUAAGUAAAUUCAGAAAACAAAACGUAGAUCUUCUUGAGGAUUUGGAUGAAAGAUAUGCCGGGAAAAAAGGAAGUAGAAAAGAUUUACAGGAGAGUGAUGAUGAUGAUGAUGAUGAUGUUUCAGAUACCAGUGAUAAAGAGGAAAAUGCUGAAUCAAAUAGUGAGAGUGAAGAUAAUUAUGACAUGCAAGAAAAUGAUGAUGAUGGUGAAAGUAUUGAAAAUGAGGAAGAAAGUAGUGAAGACAAUGAAAGUGAUGAUUAUGAUGAAGAAGGAAUUGACUUAGAAGAUAUUAAUAAAGAUGAAAGCAAUUUCUCACACUUCAAAAAUGAAGAUGUAUCAGCCCAAGUUAAGAAAGGACUUUGUGUCCGAAAUCAAAUGAAUAUGUGGGAAAGCUUACUAGAAAUGAGAAUACAACUACAAAAAUGUUUGGUGACGUCCAAUAAAAUGCCACAGCAAGAGGUGUACAAUGAUUUAAAAAAGCAAUGUGGUCAAGAAUUUACUGAUAAAGUAUCAGAAACUAAAACUACUAUUUGUAAUGUUUUGGAUAAAUUGAUUCAGUUGCAAGAUCUUGUGUUGAAAAAGUAUCCAGAAACUAAAAACUUAGGCAAAAAUCAAGGAAAAGAAGAUGUAGUUGCAGAAGAUGAUGAAGAAAUUCCAAGUGACACAGAAGAUGAAGUGGAGAAUGAAGAAUCUGAGGGUGAAGAGCCAGAUCAAGUGCCAAAGAAACGCCGAAAAUUAACAGAAUAUGAAAAAAUACUCAAAGAUCACCAUGAUAAAUAUAAAAAUUAUAGAAAUGGUGUUAUUCAGAAAUGGAAUGAUAAGACUAGAAUAGCAGUAGCUAAAAGUACUACAGCCUCUCAUUCUGUAUUGAAUCAAAUACAACAUACUUUAAGUGACAAACAAAGGUUGGUUAAAAGAACACAACUAAAAAGAUCAGACUACCAUAUUGUAGGCAGUCAUAAAAAUGAUUCUGUAGAAGUUAACAAUGAAGAUAAUGUUGAAAUAAAGGCAACUGAAGAAUAUAAUACGGAAAUUUUUGAUGAUGAUGAUUUUUACCAUCAGUUACUCAGAGAAUUGAUAGAAGUAAAAUCAGCAGACAUCACAGAUCCAGUACAGUUAGGAAGACAGUGGAUUCAGUUGCAAAAUUUAAGAAGUAAAAUGAAGAGGAAAAUAGAUACAAAAGCAACAAAAGGAAGGAAAAUAAGAUAUGCUGUACAUACCAAACUGGUCAACUUUAUGGCACCUAUUGAUGAAAAUCUGUGGUCUGAUGAAGUUAAAAAUGAAUUUUAUGGUUCUUUAUUUGGAAAGAAGUUGUAAAAUAACAAUAAAUAUAUAUUUUAUGUGACAUUUUAUAAUCUGUUUGAUUACCUUUAUAAUUUAAAUUAAUAUAAAAGUUACAUCAGAAAUUUAAA